UUCCUAUACCCAAUACUCACACGAUGCAAUCCCCAAAGACAGAACACGAUACCCUAUCUCUGAACUGUGCCCUGGCUAGGCGUGGUACACUGUUUCUGUGCUCCCAGAGACAAUAUAUCGGUUAUUACUAAGGUCUGAUUGAAAAUCCAGGCUUGUAUGCUUCAAGUUGGACAACAAAAACUGCACUGACUGUACCGUGUGUAUCCCGCCAUUUCCUGGACCUUUUUCUGUGCUGACUUCCUCUUCAGUUCUUGUUUGGGUGGACUGACUGAGACAGCGAAAUUCGCAUGUCAUCUACUCACAACUGUGAAAGAAUUUCCUUCCUUUGACCCCCGAUGUUAUGGGCACUGGAUUUUCGUCAUGAACUGAAGACACGGGGACCAUGAUGAGAUGGGCCGUGCACUAGUGCUGGCUGCCAUGUGCCUAGCAGUGACGUUCUGUUCCCACACGAUGGCCGCAGACGACUCUGAGUUCUGCAGUGACAUGACUCUGUACGAGCUGUACUGUGACAGCUGUAAGUACAUGUUCCUCAAAACCAUCCACGACACGGCUAACAGAACGCACCAGGACCUGUCACUGGUCCUGUGCAGCUGGCCAGACGUCAUUCAGCCCUACUUCAAGCUGACGAGAUGCCAGGAAAGGGUUGCCAGCUUGAUGAACUGCUCAGACGAGACUUUACACAUUCUAAGAGACGAAUUCAUGCUCAGUGUGCACCGGAAUUUCUUUGCACAUUGCAACGGCACACACAGUCAGGAAGAGGACCCUGAAAUGGACGAUUUUCUGGAGAUGAUCUCAGCGAUAUCGUCAGUGUCCGUGGCUGUUGUCAUCCUCAUCCUGGCUCUGCUCAUCACCACCACCUGUUCCCCGAGGAAGUACAUCAAAUUCUGCUGUUCAAACGAAAUGUGACCCCCCCUCCCCAACAUGGCCGCAAUCAAGAUGGUGGCGGAAAACAAACAAAAUGGCGUCCAACCUACAAACGAAAAGGCCCUGCUGCACUACUGAACUAUUUAUUGUAAACAGAACUAUCACAGAACUGUACAUGAGCACAAUUAUAUAGGCAUGUAUCUGUAGUCACCUCUUCAAAUUUUGUUGUCUUUGAUGAUCUUUUUUUUUGUGAUAAGUAUCACGUGAGUCCUUGAAAACAAACU